CGCACCUACGCCCAGAUCUGCCGCCUGCGGGAGGCGGCCCGAGCUCGGCCUGACGCCAACCUCACCGCGGCGCACCCGGGGCCCUGCGAGGCGGAGCCCCAGAUCCUGUCACAGCCCCACGACGUUUGGAAUGUGACAGGGCAGGAUGUGAUCUUUGGCUGUGAGGUAUUUGCCUAUCCCAUGGCCUCCAUUGAGUGGAGGAAGGAUGGCUUGGACAUCCAGCUGCCAGGAGACGACCCCCACAUCUCCGUGCAGUUUAGGGGUGGGCCCCAGAGGUUUGAGGUAACCAGCUGGCUGCAGAUCCAGGCUGUUCGACCCAGUGAUGAGGGUACCUACCGCUGUCUCGCCCGAAAUGCUCUGGGUCAGGCUGAAGCCCCUGCCACCCUGACUGUGCUCACUCCCGACCAGCUGAACUCUACAGGCAUGUCCCAGCAGCAGUCCCUGAGCCGAGCACCUGAGGAGGAGGCCGGAAGUGAGGAGACCGAGGAUUACUACUAGGUCCAGAUCUCUGGCCCAUGGUGGACGGGUGGGGACAGUGCUCACCCCGCCUCUUGAGAAGGCCUGGAAAAGACCUGGAAGGGGCCAGCAGGCCUCCUCACGGAUUGCUCGGAUGCUCCUGGUGGGGUGAUCGUGGUGGUGGUAGGGGACAGGCAGUUGGACAGUGGUAGGGAGAGGGCAGAAAUGAGGGAGGUGGGGUGCCAAAGGCCUGUGCAGAAGAUGCCCUGGCUCCAAAGAUCUCCAUAGCUGCUGCUGGCAGUGCUGGCUGGGGUCUUGAGGAUGCCCCUGUGCCUGCAGCUGCCCUCCCUCCUGCUCUGCUCAGCCGUCUCUUCCGCCUGCCCAUCCUCACAGACCCUAUUCCUCCGUUAUCUUCCUGCUACUCCACUUCUGCCCAGUGGCAGUUUACCUGCCCUCAAAACGCAUGUUCCGCUUUCCUCCUCCCCCAGGCCUGCUUGGCUUACUAAACGCAGUUCAUGCUGCUCGGCCCCUGCGCUACUGUGAGAGCGCGCACCAGAGUGUGUUUGGUUCGGUGCAGUGAGGGGUGGGCCUGCUCCAGCCUCACACCCCCGUGCAGUGGGCACACAGGACUAGGCACCCUAGGCACCAAUAAAGAUGAAGAAACCACCA